AUUGCAUUUAUAGACCCCUCACACACCUUCCAGAGCUUUUGUACGGGGCAGAGCAGACGUGGUGGGUCUCUGAAGUCACUUCUGGGAUGUGGGGCUGUGUCCCCAUCCCAGCCUGAUGGCAGUGGGGACAUCAGGCUCCUGUCCUGGCGUUUAUUCCCCGUGGGCUGUUUGCUGCAUUUUCAUUCCUGGUGCUCGGGCAGUGGAACAGAGUCCUUGAGCAGAGCCCUGUGUCACUGAGUGAGCACCCAGGGGCUCUCCAAGGGCACCUGUGCCUCCCCCAGCCCUGCAGGUCCCUUGGCAGGCUGGCGCCAGCACUAACCAGUUCUGCACCGGAGUCCCUGCCAUCCAGCAGGCAGCUCUGCCUGGGCGCUCAGUGAGGACAUCCCUUAAACCGCGGGGGUUUUUCGUGUUCUCCGAGCAGCGUGGGCUCACUGGGCGUUGCUCCCUGCAGGUUCUGAGGCUCUGAAGGAGGAGGCCACCCCCCCAGGCAGCCAUGGCCCCCACGCUGGCCACGGCGCACCGGCGGCGCUGGUGGAUGGCGUUCACGGCCAUCAUCGAGAACCUGCUCUUCUCCGCCGUCCUGCUGGGCUGGGGGUCCCUGCUCAUCAUGCUGAAGGCUGAAGGGUUUUAUUCCUACCUGUGCUACGGGCUAGAGACCACCACCAACACCUCUGAGCUCGACAACAGCACAGCAUCAGAGCACAAAUGGCCUUCCUGCAACGCCCAGGAUGAGAUGCUGAACUUGGCCUUCACCAUUGGCUCCUUCCUGCUCAGUGCCAUCACUCUGCCCCUGGGAAUUGUCAUGGACAAGUACGGCCCCCGCAAGCUGCGGCUGCUGGGCAGUGCCUGCUUUGCCGUGUCCUGUGUGCUGAUUGCGUACGGUGCCAGUAACCCAGACUCUCUGUCUGUGCUGAUAUUCAUUGCCCUGGCCCUGAAUGGCUUUGGUGGGAUGUGCAUGACCUUCACAUCGCUCACGCUGCCCAACAUGUUUGGGGACCUUCGUUCCACGUUCAUUGCUCUGAUGAUUGGCUCCUAUGCUUCCUCUGCCGUGACAUUCCCAGGAAUCAAGGUUAUCUAUGACUUUGGGGUCUCCUUCAUCCUUAUCCUGCUUGUCUGGGCAAGCUGUGCAGGACUCGUUUUCCUCAACUGCUUCUUCAACUGGCCCCUGGAGCCUUUCCCAGGACCAGAAGACAUGGACUACUCGGUGAAAAUAAAGUUCAGCUGGCUGGGCUUUGACCACAAAAUCACUGGGAAGCAGUUCUACAAGCAAGUGACGACCGUGGGGCGCCGUCUCAGCGUGGGGAGCUCCAUGAAGGGCCCCAAGGAGCCAGCAGCUCUGCAGGAGAACAACAAGCUCUGUCUGUCUACAGUGGACCUAGAAGUGAAGUGCCAGCCUGACAGUGCAGCUACUCCCUCCUUCAUGAAGAGUGUCUUCAGCCCCAUCCUGCUGCUCAGCCUCAUCACCAUGUGUGUCACCCAGCUGAGGCUCAUCUUCUACAUGGGAGCCAUGAACACCAUCCUGGAGUUUCUGUCUGGAGAUGAAAGUCAAGUGGCUUUCUACACUUCCAUUUUUGGGGUCCUGCAGCUGCUGUGCCUGCUGACAGCGCCUGUGAUCGGAUACAUCAUGGACUGGAGAAUGAAAGAGUGUGAUGAUGGCUCAGAGGAGAAUGAGGAGAGCAACGCUGAGCAAGGUGACAAGAAGAAGAAAAAGCGUGACCGUCAGAUCCAGAAAAUCACCAACGCCACCAAUGCCUUUGUGUUCACCAACUUCCUGCUGGUUGGAUUUGGAAUCACCUGUCUUAUUCCUAAUCUACCCUUGCAGAUUCUGUCCUUCAUUUUGCACACAAUUGUGAGAGGAUUCAUCCACUCAGCUGUGGGAGGCCUCUAUGCAGCUGUAUACCCCUCGACUCAGUUUGGCAGCUUGACAGGGCUGCAGUCGUUGAUCAGUGCCCUCUUUGCCCUCCUGCAGCAGCCUCUCUUCAUGGCACUGACAGGACCUUUGAAAGGAGACCCCCUCUGGGUGAAUGUUGGCUUGCUUGGCCUGAGCCUCCUGGGAUUCUGCCUCCCAAUCUACCUGGUCUGCUACAGGCGCAGGCUAGAGAGAGAAAAGAAGCAGAAGAUGGAAGAUGCCAAACUUUUCUUCAAAAUCAACGGCACUCCCACUGAGGAAGCCUUUGUUUAAACUGGUGCUUCAUGUGCAACCUCCCCUGUACAAGUUCCUACCACAUCUGUGGGUUCUACCUGUGGUGUAAGCCGGGACUUUUCUCCCCUGGCUCUGCCAGUCUUUGCUCAUCACUGGAAUGAGGGCUGGACAUCAGACUGAGAUUUCCUCAGAUAUAUGGCAGGAGGAGACUUCCCACUCCUUAUUCCAAAACAUGGGACACUUUUCCUUUUUAUAAAGGCCACACAGCUAUUGUGUCUUAAAUUAUCCCCUGAUCACACUCUCCAGCAGCAGAGAGUUUGCAUGGGAAACUGGGGAGAGAAGGAAUAGAGGGAUGGGGGAAGAAGGAAGACAGACCCUAAUUUGAGUUUGCAAAUGUAACACACUGCAGUCUGUUUUCUCCCCUUCUUCCCCCAAACUUGGCUGACACAGUCUCGGAUGCAAGCUGCACUGUCCUCCCUCCCCAAGGCUUCAUAAUGGUCUUUCUGCUUGAUGUGUAGCUGGAACCAGUGGUUUUACUGUCUCUCCAGACAUAUCCCUGUUCCUGAGGCAGGGAAGGGGUUUUUAUUCCUAUGUGUAUGAGCACAGCUUCAGUGUUUUGCUAAAUGUUGGCUGCUAGCACUGACAGCUCCCAAACCUUUUAUUACUGCAAAUGACACAGACUGUGAGCAAUGGAUCUGCCUUCCACACUGAAAUGAAGAGCCUAUAGUGGACUGCUGGUCCUAGAGCAAGCCUUGGGAGGCCUGGAAUUCCUCUUCUUCCCGGUUCACAAACUCACCUGUGUUUUAAACUGUCUGCAGUCCUGGAGCCUCUGAGAUAAGAAUUGGAUCUUGUUUACCGAUGAAGUGCUUUGAGACUUUGUUGCCUUUUGCCUCUCCUUCCCCCCUGAGAUGCCCCUGGGAGGGGAGCAGCAAUGUGUGUUCAGUAAAAAGUGGAGAAGCUUCUUGAAGCUGAGUUCUGGGGCUUCAGAUACCUUGGUGUUCACAUGAGCUGACCUGCUGGUGAAAAGAACCAGGAGUGCAGAACACUCCUUUGUGUCUGGUAACUGCAUCCUGUGGACAUAUGGCAGGGUGGUGUGGUGAUGUCAUUUUUCCUUUAGCCAUAGCUGAUUUACCUUGCUAUGAUAAUGGUCACCAAGCUGCUGAACACCAGGUUACUGUGACUGACCAAAAUGCUGCCACUUGGGCUGUUCUAGGAGCCUUCUGCAAUGCUGAUGCUCUGUCUGGACAGAGCAGCUGGUGAUAGAUGGAUUGUAAGGUGAAGCUGCUGCCAGAGCAAUACGUGUGGGUAAAGGUGCCCCAGGCCUGUUCACACCAGGGAGGGAAUACAAAGGGAAUUUUUAACCUGCUUAUUUUUAUAGAGGUUUUCCUUGUCUAAAGCAGACUUUUCUGCCCUUAACCUUCUUGUUGAGGUCGGCAGCUCAGGCUCUGGAGCCCUGUGUUAAGCACUGCACUGAGUGGGAGCAGGACUGUGCAGGGGUGAGGAGGAGCACCGGCUGCACCGGGCUGAGCUGGUGGCUGCGGGAAGGUUGGGGCAGAAAUAAAACAAUUCUGGAGAAAUAGGGGUGGUGUUUUACUGCAAAGCCUGGCAAGGGCUCAGACAUUCAACUUUUCUAUGUCUGGUUGGCAAAGUCCAAGAAACAACACCGUGCUGCGACCUUCCUGUGACAGAUUACCUGGAAGCUGAGCUGGGUGUGAGCUCCUUCGCUGGGGUUUGGAGGAGGCAGAAUCCCGGGCCGGGCAGGGUUUGAGCUUUGCUGCAGCCCCUGGAGGAGGCAGAACCCCGGGCCGGGCAGGGUUCCAGCUUUGCUGCAGCCCCUGGAGGAGGCAGAACCCCGGGCCGGGCAGGGUUCCAGCUUUGCUGCAGCCCCUGGAGGAGGCAGAACCCCGGGCCGGGCAGGGUUCCAGCUUUGCUGCAGCCCCUGGAGGAGGCAGAACCCCGGGCCGGGCAGGGUUUGAGCUUUGCUGCAGCCCCUGGAGGAGGCAGAACCCCGGGCCGGGCAGGGUUUGAGCUUCGCUGCAGCCCCGCGGGUCCCUUCCUGGCGGUGCCGGGGCCAGCGCUCCGUGCGCCGGCAGCGCCAUCUCCAGUCGCUGCUGCUCCGCACUCCCUGGUACCUGGUAGUCUUCACUCCUUUCAGGAUUCACCACUCGAGGAUUUUACACAUCUGUGAUUUUUUUUUUUUUAAUAAUGUGUUGCCUUUAUUAAAUGUGUUUGUUUCAAGGCAGAUUUACUGCCUGCUGUCAGCACUGUGUUCUUCUGGAACUUUUUGUGUUUUGGUGAUUGAUGAUUUAGUGAGCUUUCCAUCUUUUUUUGAGCAAUAAUUAAGAAGGCAGAGUUUUGAUUAAUUUUGCUGGUCACCUGUCUUGUCUCAAGUACAUGUUCAGAGAUACACCAGCAGUGGUACAGCCAGAGGGCUUUCUGCAGAUUUCUGCAUUUUAUAUUACAAUACUUUUAAAUAUUUUGAGAAGAGUCCUGUUCCUGCUCAGAGAUACUUGUGACGUGACAAUGACAGAUAAAGUAUCAGGUGUGUGAGCCUCCAUCCAUAGUCUCAGUGUCCUAAAGCAGAGUUGGUGCUUUGUGUGCUAGCCAGCAUUAUUUCCACCUCAGUUUCAGAAUUGAAUGUGAUUUCUUCCACUCUUAUGUCACUUAAAUGCCUGUUACAAAUGUCUCAGCAAAAUAGUGGAACAGAGAGUGGCAUAUUUGAAUGAAGUCUUAGGGGAGUUGCUGCUGCCUUUUAAUUUAGCUGCACAUUCUUCAAAGAACACAAUUUUAUUUCUGCCAUCUACCUCCCUACUGCAAUUCCCAGAUCCUGCCCUUUAUUAGGGAUAUCUUCAAAUCCAGUUUAACCUGAUGAUCUGGUGAAUGUGUGUGCUUAAUGUCAGAAGCUGCUGGUCAGCUGUGAGGAGAGCUCAUGUCCUGGUGGGUACAGAGGGAGGCUUUUAGCUGUUCAGGGUUGAACAGACAAAUGGGAUCAUGUUCUGGAUCAUGCAAAGUCAAACUGGAAUUCUUUGCUGCAGAAUGUAGUGGAGAACAGAAGUAACUUUUUUUUUAAAGAAGAGGCUGGUAAAACAAUGGUCUGAUGCAUCCACUAACUCAGGGAGAUUUUAAGUUGCUGUAAAUAAGAAAGUUAUGCCAAGGAAAGAUACUUGUCUGCAUGUUCUGUCCUGUAAGAAUUGGCCAAAGCUGGAGAAAACACACUGGGCUAAAGUGAAACACUGCUCUGAUUGAAUGGGGUGAAAUUUAUUUUGACAGUUGUGAACCAAACUAACUUCAGUCUCAUAUUUAUCUAUCAAAAACCUGCACCUGCAUGCAAGAUGUGCAAACACUCUACUGAUUGUGGCAUAACUGCUUCAGAGCUGCACCUCCUGCAGCAGUGGGGUCAGUAUUGCAGGAGGGCAAUAUUCUGCCUUCAGAUUGUUCUAAACAUUGUCUUGCACAGCAGAAACACAGCUGGGGUGGUUGUUCAGGGGCAGUUUGCCUCAUCCUUUGAUACUUAGGGAAAUAAGAGUUGUAUAUAAUAUUAUAUACAUUUGGAGUGGAAAACAGCAUUGCUGAUUCCCCAGCAGGGUGUUUCAGGACCAGACAAUGCCUGGUGCAUGAGCCACCUUGUGGGGAAAAUAAAUGUACUACCAAAGAGUGGAGUCCCAGCAGUUGGCAUCAAUAAUGCAUUUAUCUGUGGAACUCAAAUAUAGGUCAAUGUGUUGUACUGCUCUCAUAAUUCCUAAAUGAUGAAUUUGUAGGACUUGGGGGUUUUUGUGUCCUUUGUAGCUCCUUACCCUGAUCCAUAUGGGAAGUGCAAGGAGGGUGGCCAUGGGAAAGGACUCCAUGGAAGUAACCCCAGCUGAAUGUAAGGAAGCAGAAACCUGAUCUGUGAGUACCUCAGAGUCAAAGGUGUUGCUGCGUAAAGCGAUUGCACCUGCUGGAGACACUGCUCCCAGGCUCUACAGCCUCUCACAUGCACUUAAUCUGCAUUUGUAUUAAAAUAAAAUUGAAUUCGCAGAGUGGGGAAGGGAGGGUGACAGCUUUUUGCUUUCACUAAUCUGUCAGAACCUAAGCCCUGUUGACACAGCCUUUAUAGCACUAAUGCAAUGACACAAUGUCAGAAGUAGCAGAGAAAAUCUGUGCUGUUCUGCUUAAUAGGACACACUAUGACAGUCACUGAGCAAAGCUAUAUCUGGAUCCUUGAGAUGAAACUGGACACAGAUGUCUGGGAAAAAAAAGGGGGCAAAUCUUGCUGAGACACCACUUUAAGUGCAAUGCUGCUACAGCAACUGAAAUGUUCAACUCCCACAGCAAAGCCUGGCCUCUUCAUGCUCUGUGUGCAAAGGAAAAUUGCAGGAUAAUGAGAUUUUAACUAAGUCCGUAAAUCACUAAAAUGUUUUCGAGUAGGAGAUUUCCCUCUUGACAGGCUGAUGAAUUUGGAAAAUAUGCUACAAAAUUCAGAGCAGAUACUGUAGGGUAAAAGGAAUGAAAUCUCUAAACAACACAUUUUUGCUACUCUUUUUUUUUUCCCCCUUUGAUUUUUUUUCUGCACCUGUAGAGCUUUUUGAUAUUCCCUACACCCCAGUUAAAAAGUGCAAAGUGCUCAUAAUGGAAAAUAGUAUUAUAGUACAACAGAUUCCUGUUGGGAAUGGACUGGUUUGGGGUUUUUUAUUAAAAAAAAAAAGGGCCACUUCUGAUUCACAAUGUUAUCUUCUCUGGAAUAGCUGAAACAAUGAUGUGUUAUGUAGCUGCAAUCUUACACAUUAAUUAUAAAGCCCACAGGUCCUUGUUUUCCUCCAUGUGCUGCCAGCCUGUCUCUGUGCAAUCUGUUUUUACCAGGUGUCCUGUGCUCCACGUUGUCCUCCUACUGCUGAUUGUCACUUCCUUGUGCCUGACCCUCUGUCACCUGCUUUUUAUUCUGGAGACAAUCCCCUCUUUCAGAAAACCCACUCUUUAACCUGCCAGCAUUACCUCUCCCACCUUUUCCUGUCCACUGAAUUUUUUUGUAUUUGCUGAAGUGGAAUUGUGAACUCCUCGGGGCAGGCCUGUGUCAUCUUCUCUGUGUUUGUAAGGUGAUGUGCACUCUUGCAGUACUAUCUCAAAAUAAAGUGAUAAUAAGUUAA